AUGGAGACGGUGUCGUCCCUGCCGGCGAAUCUGUCUUCCUUGGAUUCAAUCGGCGAGAUAACGGAGGAGACGGAGAGCGACACUCUGGUUAGGAUGUCCAGCUUUCCCCUGAACCAGCAGCGGCGGCGGAGGGUCGGAUGCAAGGCGGCGCGGCCGCGCCGCCAGCAGUCGUUCGGCCGUGAGAUCGGCCAUGCUGCGGCCGAGACUUAUUUGCUUACUCGGCUCAGCUUCAAGCUGCUGAGCUACCUGGGGGUAGGUUACCGGUGGAUGUCAAGACUGUUGGCCCUUGCCCUUUAUGCCAUGUUACUUAUGCCUGGAUUUCUCCAAGUUGCUUUUAGUUAUUUCUUUUCAAGUCAAGUACGUCGAAGCAUUGUGUAUGGAGAUCAACCAAGAAAUAGGUUGGAUUUAUAUUUACCUACGAAUAGUGAUGGUUUGAAGCCAGUAGUGAUAUUUGUAACCGGUGGGGCAUGGAUUAUUGGGUACAAGGCAUGGGGUUCCUUCCUAGGACUUCAAUUCGCCGAAAGGGAUAUCAUAGUAGCAUGCCUUGAUUACAGGAAUUUUCCACAGGGGACAAUAAGUGAUAUGGUUAAUGAUGUUACUCAAGGAAUCGAGUUUAUCUGCAACAAUGUUGUUGAGUUUGGUGGUAAUCCAAAUAAGAUUUAUCUAAUGGGCCAAUCAGCUGGGGCGCACAUAUCUUCAUGUGCUCUUUUACAGCAAGCAGUAAAGGAAUCGAGAAAUGAGAGCAUUUCUUGGAGUGUGUCACAGAUAAAAGCUUAUUUCGGUUUGUCAGGAGGGUAUAAUUUGCUCGAGCUAGUCGAGCAUUUUCACAACCGAGGUUUAUAUCGCUCCAUAUUUUUGAGUAUCAUGGAGGGUGAAAAGGCACUAGAACGAUUUUCCCCAGAAAUAAUAAUACGAAAUCCAAGCUCGAUUGAUGCAGUUCGGCUUCUGCCACGUAUCAUUCUAUUCCAUGGCACAGCCGAUUAUUCAAUACCGGUCGAUGCAAGCAUAACAUUUGCAGCCACGCUCCAAAGACUUGGCGCUCAAGCAGAUCUCAUACUUUAUGAAGGGAAAACUCAUACAGACUUAUUCCUCCAAGAUCCUCUGCGAGGUGGUGAAGACGAGCUUUUCGACUAUUUGGUGGGCUUUAUUCAUGCGGAUGACAAGGAAGCCCUUGCUAGGGAUGCUAUGGCACCUCCAAGACGGCGCUACGUGCCGGAAAUACUACUGAGAUUGGCGGGCCAAGUCAGCCCAUUUUAG